CUUCGGGCCGCAGCGCGCCUUUGCGCCUGCGCUAGGAGCGAGGGUACCCAGUCGAACUCAGAAAUGGCGGCCUCCAUGUUCUAUAGCCGGCUUUUGGCCGCCGCCGCCCUUAGGAGCCACCGGCCCCGGACGGCGCUUCGGGCCGCCGCCCAGGUUCUGGGAAGUUCUGGAUUGUUUAAUAACCAUGGACUCCAAAUACAGCAGCAACAGCAAAGGAAUCUCUCAUUGCAUGAAUACAUGAGUAUGGAAUUGUUGCAAGAAGCUGGUGUCUCCGUUCCCAAAGGAUAUGUGGCAAAGUCAUCAGAUGAAGCUUAUGCAAUUGCCAAAAAAUUAGGUUCAAAAGAUGUUGUAAUAAAGGCACAGGUUUUAGCUGGUGGUAGAGGAAAAGGAACAUUUGAAAGUGGCCUUAAAGGUGGAGUAAAGAUAGUUUUCUCUCCAGAAGAAGCAAAAGCUGUUUCCUCACAGAUGAUUGGGAAAAAAUUGUUUACCAAGCAAACAGGAGAAAAGGGCAGAAUAUGCAAUCAAGUUUUGGUCUGUGAGCGAAAGUAUCCCAGGAGAGAAUACUACUUUGCAAUAACGAUGGAAAGGUCAUUUCAGGGUCCUGUAUUAAUAGGAAGUUCACAAGGUGGUGUUAACAUUGAAGAUGUUGCUGCUGAGACUCCUGAUGCCAUAGUUAAAGAACCUGUUGAUAUUAUAGAAGGCAUCAAAAAGGAACAAGCUGUUCGGCUUGCACAGAAGAUGGGAUUUCCACCUAAUGUUGUGGAUUCUGCAGCAGAAAACAUGGUCAAGCUUUAUAAUCUGUUUCUGAAAUACGAUGCAACUAUGGUAGAAAUAAAUCCAAUGGUAGAAGAUUCAGAUGGCGCUGUGUUAUGUAUGGACGCAAAGAUCAAUUUUGAUUCUAAUUCAGCCUAUCGCCAAAAGAAAAUCUUUGACCUUCGGGACUGGACCCAAGAAGAUGAGAGGGACAAAGAUGCAGCUAAGGCAGAUCUCAACUAUAUUGGCCUUGAUGGAAAUAUAGGCUGUCUAGUAAACGGUGCUGGUUUGGCUAUGGCCACAAUGGAUAUAAUAAAACUUCAUGGAGGGACUCCAGCCAACUUUCUUGAUGUUGGUGGUGGUGCCACGGUUCAUCAAGUAACAGAGGCAUUUAAGCUUAUCACUUCAGAUAAAAAGGUACAGGCCAUUCUGGUCAACAUUUUUGGAGGAAUCAUGCGAUGUGAUGUCAUUGCACAGGGUAUUGUCAUGGCAGUAAAAGAUUUAGAAAUUAAAAUACCUGUUGUGGUACGGUUACAAGGUACACGAGUUGAUGAUGCUAAGGCACUGAUAGCAGACAGUGGACUUAAAAUCCUUGCUUGUGAUGACUUGGAUGAAGCUGCUAGAAUGGUUGUAAAACUCUCUGAAAUAGUGACCUUAGCCAAGCAAGCUCAUGUGGAUGUGAAAUUUCAGUUGCCAAUCUGAUCUGAGAUGCCAGCGGAUGGGCUAAAGGUGUUAAAAUGUGCUAUAAUGCUUAAAAAUACUGUGUCCUAUGUUAUUGUUCUUUUUAGUAUGUGGAGAUUGUAAUUGCCAUGUAGGCACACAAAACUUUAAAAGCAUUUGGUCUACAUUUAAUUCUGCUGUUCAGAAUGGACUGCUUGCAUAAAGAAUGCAUAAUGCAGGUAUCCAGAGUUUCUUUUGUUGGCAGCCAUCUUUCUUCUACAGAAUGUCACUUGGAUUAUGCCUGUUUAUUGUUGUUGGAUACAAAGUUCUUCCUGAUAAGAGUCCUAUAAAGAAAAUAAAUAUGAUGAUAGAGCUUUAUUCUUUAGCAUUAAAAUAUAUUAUAUCAAAUAACUAGCUUCAUUAGUAGAGCAGUAUAUUAAAACAAUGUUUUAUAUAAGAAGUGUUUAUCUUCAGCACCAAAUACAUAAUAAAUGUAUCAAUCACUAUUUAUAAACAGAGCUUUCAAACACUCCUCAGAAUGUUGUUUUAAGUAUUUCAGUGAAGUAACUUGUUAAUUAUUUGAACAUUGUUUUAAUUAUUACAAAACAAUGAUGACUGCAAGUCUCUGUGAUUCUGUGGUAAGAAACUUCUGUAGGUUUGUAUCAAAUAAAGGCAUUUUUGCCAAGGACUUGGUAGAUAAAAUUUAAAAUGUCAAUUUAAGUUAAUAAAAGUUUCUCAAUGUGA